AGUACUAUGCUAAAAUAGUGCGGUUGCUGAGCGUUACCGGCGUUUUGAAACGAAGCGCGCAAGAGAAUCGAGAAUUCUCAGUAUUUUUCGCAUGUCCUUUUCAUUCCUUUACUUUGGAGGGCGGGAGUCGUGUUAAGGCUGUAGUCGUGUUAAUGUUGAAUAUUAGUUUGAGUGGCGGAGGGAUAUAUACGCCCCCUCCACGCGUCAAAAUAUUGGAGUUAAGAAGUGGGGGCGGCCGCGGCUCGGGCUCAGAGUGGGAGAGUCUGUGAUCCUGCUGGAGCGCUGUGGCAGGAGAUUAGAUUGCUGUUGCUGCAUCAGCUGCAUAUUCGUGUGGACUCCCUGAUUUUAUAUAUCUGUAUUCAUCGCAGAAAAAAAAAUCGAGGGAAUCUUUUCGUCAAGUUUACAAACAUGAUAUGAAUUACUUUCUUGAAGCAGUUUUGUUUAAGAAGUUACUCCUCUCGGAUCUACAAGCGUGAUAUCUGCUGCUCCCGGAGGUUUUGCAGUGCGGCGGUGGUGCUGCGCCUUGGAUCAGUGAUCAGCAUCAUAACAAACCUGGAGAUUGGAAAUUUGUGCUUGACCUGAAUUGGAUUGGAUUGCUACUGGUCAUCGAGAACUUCUGAAACUAAGCGGGGGAUUGUGAAGAUCCGUGUACAGAGAAAAAGAGACCUUUGUUAGAAUAUGUUGCUGUCCAAGUUUGGCUCGCUGGCUCACAUUUGCAACCCGACCGGCAUGGAUCAUUUACCGGUUAAAAUCCAGCUCCAACCAGUGAAAGUGGAGAAGGAGCCCUUUGACAAGGUGUACCAGGUGGGCUCCGUGCUGGGCAGCGGCGGGUUCGGCACCGUCUACGCCGGCAACAGGAUCUCCGACGGUCUGGCGGUUGCUGUGAAACAUGUGGCUAAAGAGCGAGUGACGGAGUGGGGCUCGAUAAACGGCGUGAUGGUGCCCUUGGAGAUUCUCCUCUUGAAGAAAGUUGGCACUGCGUUUCGGGGCGUGAUAAAGCUCCUGGACUGGUACGAAAGAGCCGACGGUUGGCUGAUCGUCAUGGAGAGGCCGGAGCUGGUCAAGGACCUGUUCGACUUCAUUACCGAGAAGGGCGCUCUGGAUGAGGAGACAGCCCGGGGCUUCUUCCGCCAGGUCCUGGAGGCGGUGCGGCACUGCUACAGCUGCGGGGUGGUCCACAGGGACAUUAAGGACGAGAACCUGCUGGUGGACCUGCGGACCGGCGAGCUCAAGCUGAUCGACUUCGGGUCGGGGGCGAUUCUCAAGGACACGGUCUACACGGACUUCGACGGCACCAGGGUGUACAGUCCACCUGAGUGGAUCCGCUACCACAGAUACCAUGGCCGGUCAGCAACUGUGUGGUCACUGGGUGUGCUGCUGUAUGAUAUGGUGUGUGGAGACAUCCCCUUUGAACAAGAUGAGGAGAUCCUGAGGGGGCGAUUGUACUUCCGGAGGAGAAUUUCAGCUGAAUGUCAGCAGCUGAUUAAGUGGUGUCUUUCUCUGAGGCCUUCAGACAGACCUACACUGGAGCAGUUAUUUGAUCACCAGUGGAUGCGUAAAACAGAGGUUGUCAAAACAGAAGAUUGCGAUAUCCGAUUGAGAACCAUGGACAAUGACGCGUCAAGCACAAGCUCAAGCAAAGAGAGCCUUUGAAGCCCUUGAAUGACCUUACAAGACUAGCCACAUGCCAAGAACUCUGUGGCUUUCCUGCCACUCUGUGUGCGUGUGUGUGUGGGAUUGGAUGGGAUGCUUAUUUCACAUUCUGCAAAUCUGAACCUUUUAUUUCUCCUUUUUAGGGAACUGUAAUUUCUAUUUCUGGCUUCUCCCUUUUUUUUAAAUUAUGAAUUUUCCUCAUUGGGAACACUACUGUUUGGGAGUGCCAGGCCAGUGCUUUUAUUUAUUUUCUUAUUUUGUAAUAAGGCUGGUUAUGAACCUGGUGACCCUCCUGAACAGAAUUCAGAUUUUGCUCUCAUAGAGCCUUACUAGUUUUGUUUCAAAUGUUAAAAUUUUGCUUUUGAGUGCCUUUUGAAAGCUGCAUUAGUGGGGCGUUCUUCAGGUGUAACUGUUGCAUGUUUUUAAAUUGCACAGGGGGACAUCCCAGGGUUUUUGGUGUUCCGUCAUGUGCAGUUCUAAAGCUGCUUGGUUUCAGAUUAAAAGGUCCUCUUCACUGGUGAUGGAAUACUUGAAAUGCAGACCUUCACAAACACUGCACCCUUUUCUUUGCUGCUCUAAAGAUACUUCGUUGUAUGCGGAGAUGUGGGAUACAUGUCAAAGCGUUUUUUAAAUGUAUAUUAAAUACUUCCAACCACCCCCCCCCCUCUACCACUAGGCUCGGAUUCCCUACCUCCCCUUUCUUCCACCAUACUGCAAAUGGUAUGUUUCUGGCUAAGGCAUGUCAGGGCAUGGUUGUAAAAUGCACAAUCAAUGCAAUAUUCAUGAACUCAGUUAUAUUUUUUAAAAAAUGUGUAUAGUGUAUUUAUGUACAAUUUCCAUGUCAUUUUAUUUAUUUGUGCAAGUUAGACAUUCCACAGUACCACUCUGUGGCUAUUUAUUUUCUCUAAACCUUUUUUAAGAAAUAAUAUUCCUUAAGUUGUUUGAUCAUGGCCUUUGUUUGCAUUCCUGUAGUUUUUUUUUAGUUAGCCAGAAUUCAGCUGUCACUCAAGCUGGAGACUGGUGUCACUAGUAAAAAGGUAUAUUUUAUGUGGAAGGGCGGUGAGUAUUUAUUUAUUUAAUUUUCAUUUCCAAUGAUCAUUGGUAAUGAUAGGCCGUGAAUGGCUGUAUCGGAAAUGUACAGUUAUACUGUUUGGAUAAAAGGUUUUAAAUUAUUAAAUUUGUGUAGUCUCCAUUCAUUAACUAUUAGGAGGGCGGCAUGUAAUUUGUUUAAAUUACUGUGUGCUGUGCGUAGUUGCAUUUAUGCAGCUCAGAUUUGGAUUUUUUUUUCCUUUUUUUCCACUUCAGCGGUGUGAAAUACUACAAUGGAGAGCAUAUUUUUUUAUACCAAAAUUUCAAUUAAAAGUUUGUUUUUAA